GGGUGGACCAGACCAGACCUGCGCGUAAACAGUCCCCACGACGCAUAGCCAGUGCGCUCGUCUUUCACUGGAUUCACUGUGUCCCGCUCUUGACUUUAGACUCACACUUGACUCAGCAGCAGCAGCGAUCAUGUCCCGAUUCGUCGCUCGUCUCUUCGUUGUUGCAGCCAGAUCCGUGGCGGCACCGAGGAGGAUCCCGGUGCUCAUCAUCCGUCCUGUGUCCACAUGUCACGGUCUGCACUCCCUCACCCGUUACGAUGAGACCACAGACUGGCAAAAGAAACUCACCCCGGAGCAAUAUGUGGUCACCAGAGAGAAAGGGACGGAGUUGCCCUUUAGUGGGAUCUAUCUGAACCAUUCUGAAGUGGGGAUGUACCACUGUGUUUGCUGUGAUUCUCCACUCUUCAGUUCAGAGGCUAAGUAUGACUCUGGGACAGGCUGGCCAGCAUUCAAAGAGGCUCAUGGCACAUGGGAGCGGGAUGAAAGCCAUGCCUCCAUCUUUCGUCGCCCUGACAACAGCCUGGGUAGUGCUGGGACAGAGGUCCUUUGUAAAAACUGUGACGCCCAUCUGGGACAUGUCUUUGAUGACGGACCAGACCCAACAGGUCAGCGGUUCUGCAUCAACAGUGCAGCCCUUAUGUUUAAAUCCAGAGAAAACAACAAAUGUGAGGGAAACUGCACGGACCACUGAAAACACACUGCCAUAUGUUUCAUCGUCAGUCGAGGGAAAAUCAAGGCCCAGAGUUUUCAGAGAGACGUAAUUUAAGUGUUUUGACCAUUGCAGGUCAGGAGGUGAGAAUUUAAAUCUUAGUUUUGGUGUAAAUAAAAUUCCAUUUGCUAAAUAUAUUUUUUAUUGUAUGAAAAUCCCACCAAUUGUUUUUGUCUUUUUAUUGUUUUCUAAUUUGUGUGUAAAUUAUCAACUUGAUAUGUCAGUGUGGGACAUAGAGGCCAAUCAAUUGAUGUAAAAAAAUGUCAGCUUAAAUAUAAAUAUUUGAUUUGUCUGAAGAAUGUCACAAUACACAUGUAGAGAUUGCAAAACAUGGAAAGUUACGAUAUUGUUGCUUUGGUGCCACAUGUACAAAUCCAAAUGUGUUGUCUGUU